AUGCUACAGGCAAAAUUUCUGUCCCAGGAUCAAAUUAAUGAGUUCAAGGAAUGUUUUUCCCUGUACGACAAGAAACAAAAAGGCAAGAUAAAAGCCUCUGACCUGAUGGCAGUGAUGCGGUGCCUGGGAGCCAGCCCGACGCCAGGAGAGGUGCAGAGACACCUGCACUUCCACAAGAUUGACAGAAAUGCAGAGCUGGAUUUCUCCACUUUCCUGAAUAUAAUGUACAGGCAAAUGAAGCAAGAGGAACCUGAGAAGGAAAUCCUCACGGCCUUGUCCAUGAUAGACAGGCAGAAAAGAGGCGUUAUCUCAGUUUCGGAGCUGAGAGCCAAACUUACAAGACUAGGAGAAAAGCUUUCCGAGGAAGAAGUUGAUGACCUGCUAAAAGAUGCCAAAGUUGGACCAAAUGGAACAAUAAAAUAUGAAGAAUUUGUCCGCAUCAUUUGUCUUCCUACAGUUGACUACUAA